CUCUUGAAUGACAGAAAAAGUGAACGUCCAAAGCGAAACGACGCGGCGCCCUCGCGGCGAGGACAUCGCGGCCAUGUUCAUCUGGAUCAAAUACGGCUUUGAGGAAAUCCCACCCAAGAUGUUCAACAGCAAUGUCACGUGUGACAUCCUUCUGGGGUUUGUCCGCGCGUCUUUUCUCAAGGACGUCGACGACCUGUGCAAACAACGCUCCGUCAAGCUCAGUAUUGACAUCGAAGGUGUCAAGAAGCAUCGGGAAACAGCCGAAGUGGAUGCCGGGGCCUCCAACGGUGAGCCUGUCUCUGCAUCAACGCAAGACCUGGCAGACCUUCAACUCAAGCUCGAAACGCAGCUCGAAGCAUUGCUAUCCAUCUCCAAGACAAUCAAAGAGCUCCCAACGUCCAAUUGCUUGGAUGUAGUGGACGAAACGGGCCAGCGCCUCAAACUCAACGACAAAGCGCGCGAUCGCGCAAUGGAUUUCGUCAAGCCGCGUCAAGUGUAUCAACUUGUGAAAGUAGGAGACACACCGGACGCGCCGCCGACACCACUCAAGUUUGUGCUCCCCACAACACUACCCACUCCGGCCUAGGAAAUGCCAUCGACUCGUUGAGUCAAUACAGUCUUCGUCCGCCCCAUCAUGUCUUCCAUUUUAGGCAGUUGGGUCGGUCCAUGCAGCAUGAAGCUAAGUUAAAGCGGUUGAGCUGGGACUUGAAGAGUCGAUUGCUUAGGUCGUGAGCGAUGCCG